GCAAAACCCUUAAAAGUAAUUCCUAAAUGUAUAGGGUUAUAAACACAAUAAACGGAACUUCUAAUGGCUGAUAUAUCAAUGAGAGAGAGAGAGGCGUGUCUGCAUCAGCGUUACUCGAUUCAGAAGAUUGAAUAUGUCGCGUAAUAAAGAUGCUGUUGCUGCUCAAGAUGCUGCUGAAAGAAUCAAGGCAGCAGCUUUAUCAGCUGCAAAGGGUCUCAGCCGUGCGCAGGCUGAGAGGGCAGCAACUGCUGCUGCUCGCAAUGUGAAUGCCUAUGGGCAGAAGGAAGAAGGGCCAAGUCGAUGGCAGGAGAGGAAAGAAGCCAAGAGGCAAAUGUAUUUGAUGAGUACUGAGAAACAAGUAAGGUUGGGUGAAAGGAAGGAUAUCAAGAGCUCAACCUCAGAUCUGGGGGGGACUGCUUCACAAUGCCAGAAGUGCUUCCAAACAGGGCACUGGACUUACGAGUGCAAGAACGAGAGGGUAUAUAUCUCACGCCCAUCACGGACUCAGCAACUGAAGAACCCAAAACUGAGAAUGAAAUUUUCCAUCUCAUAUGAUUUGGAUAAUCCAGAUGCCCCCCCAGUGGAGGAAAAGAAAGUAAAGAGUGCAAAGAAGAGCAAGAGGAAGCAUAAGUCCGACACUGAGUCUAACAAUGGCAGUGAGGCAUCAGUUUUUGAAUCUGAGAGUGGUUCAUCCUCAGUUACAGGAUCGGAUGACUCUUCUGGGGAGAGUGAAUCGAGUUAUAGCUCUUCAACUGAUUCUGAAGAGGAGAGGAGGAAAAGGAAGAACAGAAAGAAGAAACAGCAAAGGAAAAGAAGGCAUCAGAGGUACAGCUCGUCGUCAGAGUCGUCUUCAGACUCAGAGUCAGACUCAGACUCGGAUGUAGAGAAUAAGAGCAGUAGGAGAAAAGGCAGGAGCAGGAGGCAUGGCAGAAAGCACUGAAAGUGUAGUAGUAGUAGUACCGGUGGUGUUGUAUGAGGGUGGAUGGGGUGCACUCGCACUCCUACUCCUGCUCUAAUUGCUUGUGGAUUCACCUCCACUGUUUUCUGUUGUUCGGUUUGGUUUAGCAUGUGGUAAUUAAUGGUAUA